CUUGAAAGUCGCAAUUUUCGAAUUAAUAAACAAACAAUCGAAAAAGCAAAAGGCAUACAGAAACCCCACGGAAUUUAUGAUACAACCAACGAUCAAGUACCUUUUUAAAAAUGAUAACAUCCCAUAGAAGAUGAGGUACAUCCUACAGACCUCUUUGUACAUUCUGACGUGUUUGGAAUUAUCAAAAUGCCGCAGAUACACUUUGGAACAGCAUUUAAAACCACAUAUGCUGAUGCAGAGUGAUGCACAUUCCAACGAAAAUGACAUGUUGGCUGCAAUAGAUGGCGACCUGAUUCUUGGGGGGCUUUUCUCCCUCCACCGGAGGUAUUUGGACAUGGAGUGUUAUCAACAUACCAGCCCAAGGAAUAUCAUGAGAGUUGAAGCUAUGUUGUAUGCUGUUGAGGAGAUAAACAAUGACACCAGCAUUCUUCCUAACAUAACUCUUGGCGCCGAGAUACGAGAUGACUGUCUUUCUGAUAAUGCAGCCUUGGAUGAAAGCCUCAAGUUCGUACUAAACGCGUUUGGUCAGGGGGGGAAGAUAUGUACCGACCCUGAUAAUCUCCCUCCCCCCGUCAUGGGCGUGGUCGGUACAGUCUCUAGCCAAACCUCCAUAACUGUAGCGAGCUUGCUGCGGCUAUUUCGGUUACCCCAGGUCAGCUAUGGGGCGACGAGUCCCGAUCUCAGCAAUCGGGACGAGUUCGGAUACUUCGCGAGAACGGUCCCCUCCGAUGAUGGCCAGGCUAAGGCCUUAGUCGACAUUAUCACCCAGCUAGGGUGGUCAGCGUUCUUCCUCAUCAGCUCAUCCGGGAAUUACGGCGAACGCAUCCGGGAAUGCUUUCUCGAUGCAUUGAAAAACGACUCUCCGUGCAUUGUCGACGAAUUAAAAAUCGGCGCUCCUGAAGGAGACGGAAGUUUGCAAAAUUCUAAACAGGAGCGAGAAAUUGAAGCAUUUUUAGAGCGCAUUAACAAGAGGCAAUCUGUACGGGGGGUUGUGCUGUUGACUGAGAGCGUUCACACUUAUGUCAUUCUUAAAACCGUUAAAAAAAUCCAAAACAAGACCAUGAGUCAUGUCGGUGGCUUCCGUUGGCUGGCCACGGAUACCUGGGGGGUUGGUCAGGAAUUGCGAGGCGUCGAAGAUAUCGCUGACGGUGCAAUUUCUAUCGCAUUGCACCGGCCGCGUUUAGAGUCGUUGGAAAAAUUUUACCAGUAUUUUCGGGCGUUGAGACCCGGUGCGAACCCGCGAAAUCCAUGGUUCGACAUGUUUUGGGAGUCCCACUUCAAAUGCGUCAUAUCUAAAAAUAGCACGAACGCGGGAAAAUACGCGACGCUGUGCAACGAGACCGAAGCUUCAGCAUGGGACAUGAUAGGGUUCACGAAUGAUGACAAAGUCCCGUACGUUUUUGAUGCGGUUUACGCCCUUGGCCACAGCUUGGAUGCGAUGCUACGAACCACCAACAAGUCGUUAAGCUUGAGGAAGCGUUUGGAUCAGUUGACUGAAAACGGGAUUGACUUGUUCGAGUACCUGAAGAAUACAAGUUUCACCGGAAAAAGCGGGAAUGUCAGCUUCGACGAGAAUGGCAACGGGAUGUCCCGAUAUGACAUCAUGUUUUAUGAGAAAAGGGAAUACAGUAAGAUAACGGAGUGGAGUCAAUGCCAGUCUUCAUUAGGAAAUACAAGUUGGUUUGAAAACCGUAAAAGGUUGUCAAACCAUAGCUCCUGGUGUAGCAAAGAAUGUAAAAUCGGUGAAGCUCGUAUCGUAGAGCCAGGUAAUCCGCGAUGUUGUUGGAAAUGUGAACCAUGUCGCGACAAAGAAUACGUCGAUUCUGAUUUCUCUUGCCGAAACUGUGCAUUGGAUUCGCGCCCCACGAAGAAUAGGACUGGGUGCGAGCGUCUGCCAGAGGAUGGCCCGACCCCGUGGGUGAUCGUCUUGCUCACAAUAUGGGCCAGCCUGGGCAUUUUAUGCACCCUUUUUGUCGCGUUAACGAUGUACAAGUUUUACUCCACUCCGCUCAUCAUGGCUUCAGGUCGCGAACUAAUGCUCGUGUUGCUUGCUGGCAUAGCACUUUCGUUUUGUCUCGGAUUUGCGAUGUUAGGUGAGCCCUCUCGGCGCAGGUGUGUGUUUCAGAGGUUUGGGUCGGGCGUCUUUUUGGCCGUGUGUUAUUCCGCCAUACUUGUGAAAACCAAUCGCAUCGCACGUAUCUUUCGCGGUCGACAUCGCCCAGCGUUCAUCACGCCAGGCCCGCAGCUCCUAAUAACCGCCCUUCUGGUGUGUAUUCAAGUUGGGAUCAGCCUGAUUGCAUCGAUGUUCGGAACAACUUCGGAAUUGACGAAGUUUUACGAGCCGCGCCACUUCCACUUGAUCUGUCGCACUUCCGGUAUGGAGUACAUAAUAUCUAUAAGCUACAAUGUACUCUUGUUAGUUCUAUGUACAAUAUAUGCCUUUCUAACCCGCAAACUGCCCGCGAAUUUCAAUGAAGCGAAGCUGGUGGGGAUAACUAUGUACACAACAUGUGUUCAGUGGAUAUGUUUCUUACCUCUGUUCUACGGCACAAAGGCGGUCUAUCGAACCUCAGUGCUCUUGUUAAAUUCCUGUUUUAACGCGACCGUUUUGCUUGCCGGGAUGUUCGGCCAGAAGGUCUACGUCGUGUGGUUCCGACCGGAGAAAAAUACCCGCCAGGCAUCAAACCCCCGUGGGAGAAACGGGUCAACUACGUCAGUCUCCGGGAAUUCGAUGCACAUGGAUGAAAAAUUUCAAACGGAGAAGGGAGCACUUUGACAGUGGAUAAAGAAAGCUGCCAGAACUAUGUUUGCACUGUAUAAUAAUCGAAUUAAAAAUAUGCAUUUUCUUAGAAUAACCAAUGCUGUAAGCAGAACAAAUGACAGUCAAUUUAAUUUUGUAGUUUCAAUGAAAUAGGUAAAUUUUACCCAUGAAAUUAGUAGAUCACGAUCAUCAUUGAUUUUGUAAUAUGGAAUUAACUAUAUUCUGAUUGUUAUUGAUAAUCAAUAAAAAAUGAAUGAAAUCAAUGAAUAAAUGUGGCUUUAAUCAGUAACUUUUUUAACCUCGAAUGAUUGAUUGAUUAUAAUAAAAAUUAAAUUUAAUUCUCAUGAUUAACUUUAUAAACGCACUAAACAUACACAGAUUAUAGCUGUAUAUUAGACAGACCAGAAAUUCCUGAGAUUAUAGCUGUAGAUUAGACGAAUUUCAAGCUGUAAUUCACUUUACUAUUAGUGAUUGCACAAAGUAUUUCAUUUACAGAACUAUACAAUUCAAAGAACUGUACAGAAUAGGUAUUUAGUAUAUCUGUAUAAGGGUGAGUUUAAGACCAGAGUUUAACAAAUUACAAUAGGUAUUUCAAGGUUUUGGUCCAGGUAAGUUCUUGCAAAGAAGAAAUAUAAUUUUCAAUUUACCACCAGUGGUUGUGUUUAGGAAAUAAAAUACCAUUGACUCAAGCACUGUAGCUGUAAUAUCUUUUAUCAAAGAUCUUUGCGCCAAAAUAUUUAUUUGUUUU